CAGCAAUCCGUCGCCAUUACCUCGUCGCCCAGGCGUACUAUCAAGUAGGAAGAAAGAUUGCGCGCGAUCCCUCCGCGAGGUUCUCGCGCAAGAACCUUGAGCAAGAAGCCCCCAACAGGAGAUCACUGGUCGGCCCAGCCGACACUCCCAGGCAAUUUUCGUGCGCUUGCGUGCGCAGCCGAAUUUUGAUUAUGCUAGCAUGGCCGAGAAGCCCCACGAAGGCGCAGCAGCGCUGAGGGGUUGAGUCGGUAGCCAGCCCGUAUCAGAUCCCGCAACGGCGUGUAGGAGCCCAGCGACAUCGCGAACGAAGGUUGGCAGCCGUUUGAUUUGAGAUAGGGCACUUUGUGAAGGAGAUGUCCGAAGGGUAAAUGACACUCACUCGUGGCCGCUAUACAAGGACGGCGAGGAUGCUAGCCACCAAAGUUGCAAAAUGGAAGGACAUCACGCACCAGCACCGUUUUACCGAUCCCCAGCUCCAACACCUGCCACAAGCCCAAAAAACCGGCCCAUCAUCACGGAAAUCAAUCCCUGAGAACCUCCGGACAAAAGCCUCGACACAGCCAUGUCGGGCGAGUAUACCGUCUUCCACGGCGUCGAGGGCGUCAUCAAGGGCACGCCCGUGCCCAAGCCGGCCCUGGGCCCCGAGGACGUGCUCGUUCGCAUCACGCACACGGGCUUCUGCGCCACGGACCUGGCCUACGUCGAGUACGGCAUCGCGCUCGGCCACGAGGGCGUCGGCGUCGUCGAGGCCGUCGGCCCUGAGGUCACGCAGUUCAAAGUCGGCGACCGCGCCGGCGGGGGCUACCACCGGGGCUCCUGCGGCACGUGCCGCUACUGCCUGACGGGCCAGGACAUCUGGUGCUACGAGCGCUCCAUCUUCGGCGAGGGUGACUACGACAACGGCACCUUUGGCGAGUACUACGUCGUCGGCCGCGAGACGUACCUGCACCGUAUCCCCGACGCGCUCGCCAGCGAGCACGCCGCGCCGCUGCAGUGCGCCGGCGCCACCACGUACAACGCGCUCGUGCAGGUCGUCAGGCCCGGCGACCGCGCCGGUAUCGUCGGCAUCGGCGGCCUGGGGCAUCUCGCCAUCCAGUUCGCACGCAAGAUGGGCACCGAGGUCGUCGUAUUCGGCACUAGCAGGAACAAGGAGGAGGAGGCCAAGAAGUUUGGCGCCUCCGAAUUCUACCUCCUGGACGAGCUCGAGAAGCUGACGGCCCCUGUCGACGUGCUGGUCGUUGCCGGCAGCAAGUACCCUGACUGGAAGAAGUUCAUGACCAAGACCGUUCUCUCCCGAGGCGGCAACGUCGUUCCGCUCGCCGCGCCCCAUGGUGCCAUAGACCUGCCUGCCUUCCAAAUGUUCUUCGAUGGCUACAACGUCAGAUCGAGCCUAGUGGCCUCGCGCCAAAAGCACGGCGAGAUGCUACAGUUCGCCGCGUCUCAGGGCGUGGCCCCCUGGGUCGAACAGUUUGAGCUGAGCGAGGCCGGCAUCCAGGAGGCGUCCACAAAGCUCAAGGAAAACAAGAUGCGAUACCGUGACGUGCUGGUGGCCAAAAGCGCGUAGCUGUCGAUUCUCUUAUUUGUUCAUCUCUUACGCAUGAAUUAGCCGGCAAAAGCAGGUCGUACAUUAUGGCCCUAGCUCACAAUACAGUCUCUAGUCGUCCUUGGAACACCUCAUUGCUCGAGAAAAACAGAAUUAGAAUGUCCCUAGGGGGACAUAUUGGAAGACAUAGUAGACCCAG